AUGUUUUCAAGAUAUUUGGUUAUCUACCUAGUAUUAUCAACCUUGGUAAUGGAGGUAUAAGGAGGAAAAACAGUAUUAUCUACCUGUUUUGGUAAAUUAGUCCCUGCUGUUAUCAAAUGUUUUGGGGCUAAAGUAUUAGGAAUAAAUAUGAACAAAGUGAAACACAUAAUGAUUGCAAGGCAUUAUCUAGAUAAAUUAGAUCCAGGAGAAAUUGUUUAUGAAGUAGUUAGAGUAGUUGCAUCAAACAUGCCUUAUACAAAGUAUGUUGAUAUUAUGCUUGUGUCUGGAAAAAUAAUAAGAAUCACUGUUAAAAUACUGGCUGAUGGUGUUGGAAUUGGAACUGGUUAUGUAAUUGAAAAAAUUGCAGACGCUAUUGAAAGAUAAUGUCGAGAAACUAUUAAUAUAUUCAAUUUAAAUAAUUUAUAAUUUCUUCCACAAUUCUAGAACUUUCUUCCUAAUAAAUUUUAAGUCAGAAAGAAAAUACUCCUAUAUUUUCGAGCUUUAGAAUUUAAGUUCUAAAACUAAUACAUUAGAUUUAACUACCUUAUGAAUCGAACCACAACUAUUUAUCCAAAAUUAUAUAUCACUUUAUAUUAAUUAUAAUAAGAAGUAUUGAUCAAGUCAAAAUAGCAUCCUUCUCCUGCUUUAAUUCUUAAUUUGAUCAUUGAGGGUGUGAAUUAUGCUCUCUGCUAAUUUAGUGAUGCAGAUAUAUAUUUAAUUUUAUUAACUAAAUAUUAAUUAUAAAAAUAUAUUUCCAGAAAUGCAUAAUGA